AUGGUCUUUAGUCGGGCUGAUGGAGAUGUCAAGACUGGAAGAAAAAUAACAAUAGAUUCCAAACUUUGCAAAUACUCAAAGCAUCUCGUUUGGGGCAAAAUCCGCCAUCAAGUUGUUGGCGUACAUACGGUUAUUGACUGCGCUACAGGAUGUCCGGAGGAGCCCAUAAACACUGUUGAUUGGGAAGGAAAAGUUGCUCUUAUUCAAUGUGGAAAGGCCAUGGGCAUCCAGAAAUUUGUCUUCUUUUCCAUCCACAACUGUGACAAGCAUCCCGAGGUUCCACUUAUGGAGAUCAAGUAUUGCACCGAGAAGUUUCUCCGUGAUUCUGGCUUAAACCACAUAGUUAUUCGACUUUGCGGUUUCAUGCAGGGCUUGAUCGGACAGCAUGCAGUACCCAUACUCGAAGAGAAAUCUGUUUGGGGCACUGAUGCGCCUACGAGAAUAGCAUACAUGGAUACCCAAGAUAUUGCUCGUCUAACAUUUAUAGCUCUACGCAACGAGAGCAUCAAUAGGAAACUUCUUACAUUUGCUGGACCUCGUGCGUGGACAACCCAAGAGGUGAUAACCUUGUGUGAGAGGCUUGCUGGUCAAGAUGCAAACGUUACCACUGUACCAGUCUCGGUUCUGAGGCGAGAGGAUUCACCUUGA